GCUAAGGCUCAGUUGUGUUUCAAGCAUAUAAUGGAAAAAGGUGAUGAAAUUAUUAUCUAUGGGCCGCAAAUUACUAUUCCCGCUACAAACGAGUCUUUGGGAAUAAAACUGCAUAAAGCACUGAAUGAUAAAGAUGAAGUGCCUAUAUUCGUAGACGCAUUUUCUGGCGAGACCCUGUCGAACAAGACUUUACUGAGAGACUCGUGUUAUUUGGGACAAUGCUUAAGAAACUUUGGACUAACUAAGAAUGACGUAAUUGCAGUUUGCAGUGAGAAUCAUGUACGCUUAUUUGAUCCUGUCGUUGCUGGUUUGUAUUCGGGCAUUAUCGUUUCAAUGUUUAGUCCGCUAUACACAGAAAGAGAAUUGAUUCACGUUGCCAACAUUUCCCAACCAUCAAUAAUAUUCUGUUCAACCGAAGCAAGUUCCGUGAUACUGAAAGUAAAAGAUCGAUUAAAACGAGUCCCUAAACUGGUAGUAAUUAAUGCAAAAGAAGAUUACAGAGGCUGUCAAUCGAUGAAAAGUUUUAUAUCGGAAUAUAUACCAGCAAAUUUCGAUGUCAGCACAUUUUCACCAUGUCCAGUGAACGUAAAAGAAGAUGUUGCAUUUAUCCUACAGUCAUCAGGAACGACAGGUUUGCCAAAAGGUGUCAUGUUGACGCAUUUCAAUUAUACCACGGUUAUUGGUGUGAUUGGAUUCGCAGCCAUCACCAACCCACGAGCUGCUGUAACCUUGAUAAAUCUACCGUUACACCAUGCCUAUGGAUUGUUUUUGGCAUUUCGAGGAAUUUUUGAUGGAGGAAAAGCGAUUAUAAUGAAGAAAUUCGACCCAGAUGUGUACCUCAAAACCAUACAGGAUUAUAAAAUCGAUCAACUUUCAAUUGUACCAUCGAUGGCAAAUUUUUUGAUUAAGAGUCCGUUGGUAGAUAAAUACGACUUAUCUAGUGUGAAAAGGAUCAGGUGCGGUGCAGCACCACUAGGCAAAAGCGCGGAAGAAGCACUGAUUAAGCGACUAAAGGUGGACGAUAUUCGACAAGGAUAUGGUAUGACGGAAGCAACUAUUGGUAUUUUGGUUAGUUUGGACGACCAAGUUGUACCCGGUUCUUGCGGUAUUCCUUUCCCAAAUAUGGCAAUAAAGAUAGUAGACGUAGAUACAGGAAAAUCCCUGGGUCCAAUGGCGGUUGGGGAAAUAUGGUGUCGUGGAGACAUAAUUAUGAAAGGGUAUUUUAAUGAUCCAGAAGCUACACGAAAUACCAUUGACGAGGACGGAUGGCUUCAUACGGGAGAUAUGGCUUAUUACGACAACAACCACAUGUUUUUCAUAGUAGACAGACUAAAAGAGUUGAUCAAGUGCAAAGGAUAUCAGGUUGCACCAGCUGAAUUAGAGGCCAUAUUAGUUAAUCAUCCAAAAGUUGCCGAUGUCGGCGUGAUUGGCAUUCCUCACGACAGACACGGAGAGGUGCCAAUAGCUUUUGUAGUAGCAAUGCAAGGACAAGAUCUGACAGAAAAAGAAUUGAAAGAUUUUAUUCAUGGGCAAGUGGCAGCUUAUAAACGUUUAGAAAGUGUCCUUUUUGUGCCCAACAUUCCUAGAAAUCCUGCUGGCAAAAUUAUUCGUCGGAUUUUACGAGACACUCUACACAAACACAACUCCAAGUUGUAAAUAAUGACAAGAAAAGUUCUAGAAUCAGAGAUAGCUGUGUACAUUUCAUCAUCACAACUACAUUCACUGUCUAUAGCCUUUCUAAGGAUAAAUAGAAUACUUACUUAUUACUAAAUAAUGUUGUUCAAUGUUCAUCAGUCUACUUUUGAGCAGAUAAUUCUAUAAAACUAAGGAUUUCAAAGCC